GGGGUAGGAUCUCGGAGUCCGGAAGUGAGGUCAAGUCGCUCAUUUACUUGCAGGACGACGCUUAAGAUAUUCAUGGUUAGGACUGCCAUGUGGGGGCUGUUGUUGGGGUCCUGGGACAUAUAAACUAUUUUUAUGAUGAUAACGUAUCGUGGAACAGAGGCCCUAAUUGAUUAGUUUCGCCCGGCUAUUGAAAUGUUGCGUGACGCAAUAAAGAAACUGUAAGCUUUACCUACUUACCUACCGAAAAAUCAUUUCCGCAAUAUAGAAGAACAACGGAAAUCGAUAAAAAGACUUUGACGAAAAUAAAUUUCAGAGCUAUUUAAAGAACAGUUUUUCGCACGCAGGUGAAAAUAGGUCUGCCAACGCAGUUUCUUUUGCGAUUGUGUCAUCAUUUCAGACGUCGAUGCUACUCAUCAGCAGUGAGCAAUUUUCUGUCGAUGUACAAUUUUGCUCCAUGAUUUAAUAGAACGAAAUUUAUUUAUAGGUUGUUUAAUUUUUUCACCCUUUAAAGGUCGGUCGCUUGGCAUUGAUGUGUAUUUAAUGUGACUGUAGCUACAAUGUUUUAAAUUUAUUAAUAGUAUGUAUUCAUAAGAACCUUUUCAUAGUCUUUCUAGGAUACAAAAGUCAAUGAACUAGAAUGUCAGUUGGUGUACCUGGGAAGAGAACACCUAACGCUUUAGCUGCUUGUCCUCGAGAAAGCCAACGAUCACCAGUUCAAGUCACGAAACUUGUCAACAACAAGCAUCAUGAUAAGAAGAUACAUUUUUUACGACAUCAACACCAGCCUUUUAGUACAAGGCAUAGGAAAAUAACCUUUAGGCACCUACCACGUGGCAUAAUUUCUGUAAAUCAGAAAAAAAUGUCAGGAGGAUCAAAUUCCAAUUCAGAAAAUUCCCGCAGUCAACCACUGAAAAAUAAUAUAAGAAGAAAAAGUUUGGAACGGCUUAAAGGCUCCAGUUUUUCAACAUAUUUGUCGAACAUACGGCCAAUGAACAGGAUACGGUUGAAUAAAGUUAUAAAAAAUAACUUAGCAGAGAAUCAGGGCCGAUUGACCAAACGUCAGUGCCAUGAUCUUCGUCUCAAUAUAAACCACGUCACCGAUUGUCCGGAAAAACAGAAAUGGAAGAAAUAUGUCAGUGGUCGACGGUGCAAUUUGAAAGACUCCAGAGUGGAUGCAAAUAGCCGGCGUAUCAGCAACCGGUUUGAAGGGACAGGUUAUCUCUGGCUGCUGUUGCUGCUGGUCAUGUGUGCUACAGUGCAGGCUUGUCGGUAUGCUGCCAUUGAUCCUCGACACACGAUGUGUUCAUUCAUGCCCAAACAGUGCCCCGGCAAAAUGCUCAUCCGUACCGGGGAGCUGACGUGUCACGACAAGGAGCGCAUCCUGACGAAGCAUAACAUGCUGAGGCAGGAGGCCGCCCUGGGUCAGGUCAGAGGUCAACCUGCUGCUAUCAACAUGAAGACCAUGGUAUGGGACGACGAACUGGCGAUGGUGGCUCAACGAUGGGCAGACCAGUGCAUGCCUGGACACGACCGCUCCCGCAACACACAGCGUUUCGCGGCGGGCCAAAACGUGGCGGCCGUGUGGACCUACGACCGCGACGAAGGACACGAACCGGAUUUCCUGACGCAAGUCGAGGCCUGGUUCAUGGAGGUGGACCAGCAUGGGUUCAGCAAGGGGGCUGUAGACCCCUUCAAGUUCUCGAAGCCUACUGGACAUUACACGCAGUUGGUUUGGGCGGAGACAUAUUUGGUGGGCUGCGGCUAUACCUACUACCACGAUGCUGCAGGCAACGGCUACACCAAGCUCUACGUCUGCAACUAUGGCCCAGGAGGGAAUGUGGUGGGAGGCAGCAUGUACAAAGUCGGGUAUCCUGGACAGCCGUAUUGUGUUGGCAAUGGCUUGCGCCCGUCUACCGAUUACCAAGGACUGUGCGAGGAGGACGGCGUGAACUACAAGUCUAUGUGCGCGAUGGGCGGCUCGUCCAUGUUCCACAAGCCCAAGACAUCGUCCAUCAUGAUGAUGAUGGACGGCAACAGCGUCAUGGAGGACUUUGCUCACAGCCACGCCCGUCCUACAUCACCCACUCAUCCUUUGGAUGUGAUGCACCCAGAUCCCCCCCACAUGCAGAUGCAUGAUAUGAUGCAUCACCACUCCAGCAUGAUGCGCAGCGGAUCACAUGCCCAGCAAAGCCACAUGAUGAUGUCGCCCUCGCAUCAUCAUGAGGGGAACGGACUCAUGAAGAGCAUCCAGGAGCCCUUCUCAGGGCUUGUCAAUGCGCUCAGCCCCUGGAACUUCCUUAACAGGUUCAACAAGUGACGAAGCAGGCACGUCUCUUGAUGAUGUGAUUCUACGCAGCGCCAUGAACUGAAGACUCAGAGACUCUCUGCUUAUAAAAGCCAGGGAUUCUCUACUCAUAUUUAUUGCUUUCAUGUAUUUAACAUCUACCACUUGCUUUUCUCGACCAAUGAAUCUCGUUAGGCCUUCAUUAUCAGAAUAAUAUUUGAAGUAUGUCUGUAUUGUUGCAUCUUAUCUAAAAAAAUCAUUCCCAUGAGUUACAUAGGCUGUCGACCGUCACUGAGGGCUAUCACGGCCAAGCGAUAAAUCUUAGUGCCAUCUAAAUAAGUUUAUCCAUUUAAAGUCUCCUGGAUUUAAACACUUGUGUAGGAUAAUAUAAAAUUUGAAAUUAUGACAGCUAAAGUUUUUAGUUAAUUCCCUGAUCAUGCAAAUCCCUACGGUAUUGGCUCCCCUGUGUAAUCUUAACAAAAUUUAAUUAAUUUUUUAAUUGAGUUUUCAAAGUCAAUUACUGCAUAGCGUUUCUAAUGCAAAAGAAAGAUCAACUUUGACACGUAGAUAGCCAAACUUUUCAACCAAAUUCCUCAAUAAAGCUAGAAUUUUUGCUAAAAACAAAAUUAGAGUCGUAUAAAUUUGCCAUGUAUCCGUAAGUUCUAUCAAGAAAUUAUUAAUUCGGCCACUUAGCUUUGCGUGAUCUUCUCACUGACUAACAUAGCUGCAGUCGCGUGCAUUUAACAUCAAAUUAUACUAACAUCAAAUUAUAAUUAUAAUUUCAGUUUAAAUUUUAUGAAUGAAUUUUCGCAGAAUCAUAUUCUAUUUAUCAUUCUUUUUAUUUGGUUUGAAUUGAAAUUGAGUGCGUUCAUUCGGUAUAUGUGCGUAGUGGUCGCAUGCCUGAGGAAGUUCAUUCCAGGAUGUAAGUUUGAUGCCAACACUAAUAUUAAUAAUGGUGAACUAAUGAAUAAUCCAUUAAGGAAAAAACUGCAGGUAUAACAUACUCAUCAUUCCGAUAUAUUCUACUGUGAAACUAUGUGUCAGAAUUUGCUACGAAACUUUAAAUAUUGUUGUAAAUUCUUAAUAUAAUAGAAAUUCCAUCGAUUAAUCAUUAUGAUAUAUUUAUCUUAGGUUUAAGUCAAAGAGGCUAACAAUAUCUUCGUGCUUAUUAUCACUAUAUAUUGUGUAUAAAUAUUUAAUAGUUCUUAUGAGUGCAGUAAAAAUCAUUAGGUUAGAGAAAUAUAAUUUAGAUUAAUAAGAGUUUAGAAGUCCUCUAUACGCGACCUGAAAUUAAACAUUAAGGUAUCAAAUUAUGAAUAUAAUCACGUCUAAAAACAUCCUCUUUAUAAUUUCUAUCAUGUAUCUCUGAAUACGAAUCUAAUUGUAAUUUCAAACAUUUACCAUGCACCUGGAACGUUUUUUAGUGGUCUAUUGAACUUGAGAAAUAAAGCCACCAAACCAAAAAAAAUUAAUUUCUGCCAGAAUUCAUUUUGGGAAUUUGUUCUCUUUUCAUGGGAGCCUCAUUGUGUACAUGUAAAAUCUUGGAGACCGGCCACAAGGCCUGCCGGAAAAAUGCCCGAGACCUCACUCACUCGUACAACAUUCAAGGUUCGAAUAUGGCAUGUCAUCGGUGUUUAUAUACCAUCAUGUUGUCCUCGCAAGAAAACUUUACCCGUUAUAGUCUGAGGUAUUAUUGCAGAUUAACUACAUCCAAAAAAAGGGUGUUUUUUUU